AUGCCAAAGAAGGAGAAGUCAAAGAAGGAAAAACAGGACAAGAGUAGCUCCCACGAGAAGAAUUCAAGUCGCAAGACUUUACAUUUGUAUGUGACAGUUUGUGGCGAUCCCCAGGCUAUAGAAUUGUUUACGAGAAAGAACUCCGAAUUGAAUACUUUAAUAGACAAGUAUCAAGUGUUUAUUAACAGCGAGCCUGGAAAUGAUGGUAGUGGCAGAGUGAUAGAGGGAGAAGCUGAUUUCUUCCUCUGCGUCUACGACAUAUGCAAUCGCAAAUCAGUGGAUUUCCUCAAGAAUAAGGUGAUGAACGUGGUGAAUGGCUUAAAGCGGCCCAUUGGUGUUGCCGGAUUGGGACUGGAGUAUAGAACGCGUGGAGGUAAAGAGCUCGCCGACGUUGGCACUGCUGCUGCAUUGGCUAAACAAUAUGGAUGUAAAGGCACUGAGCUUGUCUCCUGCGAUGCAAGACAAAUGGCGGCUGGAACAUUCGCUCUGUAUGCAGCUACAAUGCCAGAAAAGUUUAACGCUAACCCAGACAGUAAAGAAGGAGGAGAAGAAGGGGAAGAAGAAAAGAAAAAGAAGAAAAGUGGAAAGAAAUCAAAGAAAGAGAAGAAUUGA